UGGUGUCUGAGUCUGCAUAAAACUAUGCUUCGAAGUAUUCUGGGAAAAACCUUUCGACUUCUUGGCUAUACUCUUCAGUAUGGCUGUAUAGUUCAUUGUAACUUUGAAUACAUUGGUGGUGUUGUCAUGUGUUCUGGACCAUCAAUGGAAUCUACAAUUCAGAAUUCUGACAUUGUCUGUGCAGAAAAUCUUAGCCAACAUUUUUAUGCUAUUCAAAGAGGUGACGUUAUAAUUGCCAAAAGUCCAAGUGACUCUAAAUCAAAUAUUUGUAAAAGAGUAAUUGGUUUGGAAGGAGAUAAAGUUUUUGCGCACAGCCCAUCAGAUUACCUUAAAAGCCAUAGUUAUGUACCAAGAAGUCAUGUUUGGCUGGAGGGGGAUAAUCUCCAGAAUUCUACAGAUUCCAAGUACUAUGGACCUAUCCCAUACAGACUAAUCAGAGGAUGUAUUUGCUUAAAUAUUUGGCCUCUGAAUGACUUUAGAUUUCUUUGUGACAACCCCAAUGGCCGCAGAUUUUCUGAUGGGUAG